UUUCGCAAGGUGCAGUCGCGUCGUGAUCGUGGUCCAGAUACAAGAUACAAGAUACAAGAUAUACAAAAAAAGAGAUACUGAAAACCCGAGGAUCGUUCUAUUUCUGAAAAACCUUUAUUCUUGGUAAGAAAUGAGCACGUGCUGACCAUGUUGGACCAUCACAAAAUGCAAAGGUUCCCCAAUACAAUGAGCCGCUUUGUUCUGCCCCUGAUCUUCAGCAUUUUGCUGGUCAGUAAGCCAUCGCCUUCGCAGGCCCAGGAUGAAUCCCUGGCUGGCAGUUUUCUAUCAGGUCUUUUGGAUACCAUAACCAGCACAGCUGAUGCCAAGGAUUGUCCUGGAGUUUGUGUCCACACUUUGGCUACGUUGAUUUGCUACGAAGUUCUAGAGGAUGUGGCCUGUCCCUCGGCCAGCAUGAAGUGCUGUAUUGAGAAUGCUCCAGCUGGUAAAAAUACAACUGCUGUGAGGGCGACAACAACGCCCAAAACCACAACCACUGCCAGCACCACUACCACUCAGAGGACAACGACUACUCAGGCCACCACUAGCACCACCAAGCGCACCACCACAACUAGUACCACCCCGAAACCAAAGCCCAAACCACAGACCAAGAGACCAGCCACUAGCUCCACCACAAAAGCCACAGCAGCCACUACUAAGAAGCCCAGCACCACCAAGAAAGUGGCCACUGCCAAACCCAAGGACAAAGAGGAGGCCACCAAAGCUGAUGAUGCUAACAAAGACUGCACUGGAGUUUGUGUGGCGGAUCGCAUAGCGGAAUACUGUGAGGCUUAUUUGACCAGCGAUGGAUUGUGCAAGGAGGGCACCAAGUGCUGCGUCUCCCUGGACGAGUACUCCAAUGGCAAGCUGCCCAAGGACAUCUAUAUUCCAGCCAAACACAUGAGCAACCUGAAGCCAAACCAGACCCUUUCCGAGAAGUCGGCUCCCUCGAAGAGUAGUUCCACUACUUCGACCAGUAGCACCACUACCACCAGUACCACCACCACUCCGGAACCGGCCAGAACCAAUGGCAAUACCUCCCCAAAGCCCAGCAAGCACAAGAAGCAUCCGACCACGACCACCACGGAGGCGACUGAAGAUGAGGAGGAUCAGGAGACGGAGGAGGACGGCGAGGAGGAGGAGCCGCCACUGAGCAACAAACUGAAAUCGGGACAGGGACAGGGUCAGGUGCUGAAGGAAUGCGAGGGCGAGUGCAUGAAUGGGAUAUUCGCCAUCUUCUGCGACGACAUCGAUUCGGAGGCAUUUUGUCCCGGUGAAGGAAGCUGUUGUGUGACGGGAAGUGCUUCGGAGGCGCCACCCGCCUCCAAGGCCCCGCCCACCAAGCCGGCCAUCAAACAUGCACCCAAACCAGCGGCCAAGCCCGCCCGUCCCGCCUCUCCACCUCCACCACCCCCGUCCAUCUCCGGAGGAGGAGGAGGAGGUGGUGACUUCCUCUCCCAGAUUAUAUCCUUUGCGGAGAGCACUCUCAAUUCCCCAGCCCCUCCGCCACCCCCUCCCGCUCCCGUUCAAGUGCCCCGCUGUCCAGGAUUCUGUCUGCUCAACAUUAUGGCCGCCUUCUGCGAGAGACCCUCGGUGCUGGUCUCCACACCCACCACCUGUGCCAAGGGAUCCGUCUGCUGCGACAACUCAAGAGCCGGAGCUCCGAAGCCCAAACUGCCACCGCCCACGCCCUCGCCCACUGCCCCGCCCACCGCUCCGCCCUAUGUCUUGCCCAACACUCCGAGUCCGGAUCCACGAGAGGAAUGCCCCGGCUCCUGCAUCGUCAGCCUACUCAGCUUCACUUGCUUCAAAAACGCCGAGAUGACUGACAUGUUCCGAUGCAAGCGUUCCGGCCAGAGUUGCUGUGCGCCCAAGAGCAAGAUCCUGGAGAAGCAGCAGUUCCAGACGCGCAACGAUACCGCCUACUACCCGGCCCCGCCCCCACCGCCCAUUGGCCCACCGCAAGCGUAUCCGCCGCAGUCGCCGCCGUACUCCUACAUGAACAACCAACAGCCGCAGGGACCACCACCCCAGAUGGCACCACACCACCCCAAUCCCUAUCAGCCAGGACCUCCGCCACCGGCACCCAACUACGGGGAUUACUAUCCAGUUUCUGGACCAGGUCUUCAGGGUGGACUUCCACCACAACCCCAGCCACCUAUGACCACGCCACCGACGACGACGACCACGACGACGACUCCACGGCCACAUGUCUACUCCAAGUAUGUGUGUGGAGUCAAGGGAACUCUCAGGACAGGCAGAUCCCAGGCACUCUCCUUGGUGUCCUACGCCCGUGCCAAGUAUGGAGUCCACCGAACCGCUCGCCAAAUGACCUCCGCCGCCGGAUACAGUGGAAACUUCAACAAGUCCAACGAGCGAUUGGUCCUCGGAUCCGCCAUUGUGCCCAUCCAGAUCCACAAUGACAAGCUGGGCGACCUCGUCGAAUCGAGCAGUCUGCAGAGCAACCAACUCCGUUCGUAUCACAACCACCAGGAAUCGCCGGAUCAACCGGAGCUGGUUUAUCCGGAGUACUACCAACAGCGAUCUCUGUACGGACUUCAGUCCAAUUUCAGUGGACGCAGGAGGGCACGAGUGGUGGGCGGCGAGGAUGGAGAAAACGGGGAGUGGUGCUGGCAGGUGGCCCUGAUCAACUCCCUCAAUCAGUACCUCUGCGGAGCGGCGCUCAUCGGCACCCAGUGGGUCCUUACUGCUGCCCAUUGUGUUACCAACAUUGUUCGUUCUGGAGAUGCCAUUUAUGUGCGCGUAGGCGACUACGAUCUGACCAGGAAAUACGGCAGUCCAGGAGCUCAAACCCUUCGCGUGGCCACCACGUACAUCCAUCACAACCACAAUAGCCAGACUUUGGACAACGAUAUUGCCCUGCUGAAGCUGCAUGGACAGGCGGAACUCCGGGAUGGAGUGUGUUUGGUGUGUCUUCCGGCGCGAGGAGUCAGUCACGCGGCGGGCAAGCGAUGCACAGUGACGGGAUACGGAUACAUGGGAGAAGCUGGACCCAUUCCACUGCGCGUGCGUGAGGCGGAGAUUCCGAUUGUGAGCGACACGGAGUGCAUCCGAAAGGUCAAUGCCGUGACGGAGAAGAUCUUCAUCCUGCCCGCGUCCAGUUUCUGUGCUGGCGGAGAGGAGGGACACGAUGCCUGCCAGGGCGAUGGAGGUGGUCCACUGGUCUGCCAGGAUGAUGGAUUCUUCGAGCUGGCCGGCCUCGUGUCCUGGGGAUUCGGAUGCGGACGCCAGGAUGUGCCCGGCGUCUAUGUGAAGACGUCCUCGUUCAUCGGCUGGAUCAACCAGAUCAUCAGCGUGAACAACUUAUAGUGAGGAUAGUCUCGCAUAGGACACACAGACACCAUGUGCGGGAGGAACCCCGCUCUUGUGGCGAUUUCCUGGCCCGGAAUAGCCUACGAUUGUCCCCAGGGGUUCCCGCUCUUCGACUGCUAACGUAAACCCAUCCUAGUGUAAUCUAUUCAUACCUAACCCUAACUCUAAUGGCUCGAAACCCAGAAAGCAACUAUAUUAACUAUUACGAUUAUCGGUAGCGUAGACGGCAAUCUUUAAAAGUAUUCCCCUAUUUGAUAACGCCCUAUGGUAAACUGUUUUUGUAUAUAUAGUACAAAAUAAAUACAAAAAAUCUUCAGUUA